UUUACUGUUUAACAAUAAGAAUAUUAGGGGGGAAACGGGAGUGGUUUCUCUCGAAUUAAUCCUUCAACAGUCGAAUCAGUUCAUUCAUUUCAAUAAACCUGUUGAACGAGACCUGUUACUUAUUUACGUUCAAUGAAUUGCAAAAUCGGUCCCCGGGCAGAAAUACCCUUUGUUUUAUGCUAAAAUAAAUUUUCAAUACAAAUACUGAUAUUUAUGACAUUAUUUAAACACAUCGGUUAGGCUAGAAAUAUGCGCGAAUCGGUUCAAACGAAUCAUUUUAAAGAGCCAACUCAACCGAGUGAUUCGUUUCGCAAUCCUCAUAUGACAGCUGCCACCGGAGCGCGCAGGGUCAUUUAAGAUGAGACAGUUGAACAAAUAAGCUGCACCGUUUAUGACCAUUAUAAGAAAACCAAACACUUGAAAAAUGUAAAGAGGAACUUUUGACUUUCGAUUACCUUUAUCGUUAAACUUGACACACGUGAACCGGAUUCCUGUGUUCGCUGAAGAAGAUGAGGAUGAGAAUACUGCAAGAAUGACAUCCCCUUUGCCCUCUUCAGUUUCGCCAUCAUGGUCCAACGUCACCAGCCAUCUGAACCCUAACAAGACGACAUGCGAUGAAAACGAAAGCUUUAAAUAUUGGGCGUACACCAUCACAUACAGCAUCGUCUUCCCCAUUGGAUUCAUCAGUAACUUUAUAGCUUUGUAUGUAUUCUUCCGUCUGACUUCAAAGAAGACGGCCAACACUGUAUUUAUGAGUAACCUGGCCAUUUCCGAUGCAGGCUUUUCCUUGACAUUGCCCUUCCGUCUGGUUUAUUACUUCAGAGGCUGGGAGUGGGAUUUCCCGGACUGGCUUUGUCGCUGGUGCGUCUUUUCCUUUUACGUCAACCUCUACACCAGCGUACUGUUUCUCACGGGACUAAGCGUGCUACGGUACAUCGCCGUAGUUCACCCCAUAAAAGCCAAGUCAGUGGUCACUAGACGUCAGGCAAGCCUGGCAUGUUUGGGCAUCUGGAUUUUUGUCUCCUGCUUGUCGUCACCUUUUCUCAUCCAAGGUACUAAAUUGCGUGAGAAAAAGUUGCGCUGCUUUGAGCCUGAAAAUGACAAAUCUUGGAUGCGCAUAUUUAUUUUGAACUAUGUGGGGAUAUUUUUCGGAUUUUUGAUUCCUUUUAUUACAAUACUAGCCUGCUAUGGCUGCAUCAUGUGCAAACUUGUCCUGGGAGGUAAAAUGGGCAAUAAAAAGCGGAACACUCGUACGAUGUAUUUGAUCGCAGUCGUCAUGUGCUCGUUCCUGGUGUGUUUCCUGCCUUAUCACGUAGCCCGAACGGUUCACCUUCACGCCAGGGUGUCAGAGAAGCCCUGCGAGGUCAUCGAGAUGCUGCUGAGAGUUCUGGUCAUCACGCUCUGCACGGCAGCGUCCAACAGUUGCUUCAAUCCUUUGCUGUACUACUUCGCAGGAGAGAACUUUCGUUCUACCAUUCGUAGACGAUCAGAUAGGAGAACCGGCAGUUCAUUUAACCACAGUGGCAACCAGUCUUUUCGAAUGAAGAUUUCUGACACCUGGGACAGUAUGAGGCGUCAAAAGUACCAGUCGCCCCAAAAAUCUCCUUGAACUGCGUUUAUAUGAUUUAAAGCAUUCAUGACUGACAAAGUAGUGCGGGCAUUUACAUUUUCUUUGGUUGUUGUUACUACUCAUUAUAUAACAGAUCACCACAACAAUCCUCGUAGGAAGUAAUCACAAAUUAGAUUUGAUCUCAAUUGCAUCUCCUAGACGGAGGAAGAAGACAAAUGGAAAUUCAAAAGCAAAUUUGCUGGAACUUUAAUUCCAGUCAGUUUGAUAAAAGACAGGAAGACAAUGUAAUUGUACAUGAUUAUAUUACAAAGAUACGCUGUGUAUCAGCCCAUUCUCAUGAAAUGCAUAUAAAUAGCACACAGUGGGUUAUAUAGUUUUUUUUUUUUUUACAUAAAAUGACCCCAACUACAACCAACCAUGGUUUAAAAAUAGUCAAAACAUGAAGAAACCUAUAUAUUAAAUGACACCCUAAACCAAAUCCCAUAUCUAACCCCAAACCCAAUCGACAAUGGUUUAAAAAAUGAAAAACCAAUAAAUAAAACGACAUGAAAAGAUGCGCCAUAUAAGUGAACGGGAAGGACUGGCGUAUGCACGUAAAAUUGGACUUUGGAGUAUGUAUUGCACGACUUUUCAACUGCGUGCUAUUUAUACGCAUUUCAUGAGAAUGGGUUGGCAAGAUAGAAUAAGAAAAUUGUGACUGAAUUUUUAAUGCAAAUGUAUCAAUUGUCAUCAUUAUGUUACUGAACGAAGAAUGUUAUAUAAGCUUUUUCAUUGCAUAAUUAUUAAUUACUCUCAUUAAUACCAAGUCUAUACAUUUAUGAAGGUCUCUACAGGAUGAAUUUAACCAUGUUAUUACCACUGACAAAUAAUUUUUCUUCUGUAUUGUUUAAACAAGUUAGGGUUAUGGGCUGUUUAUUGUGAAUCACUACUGUAGCUCUCUGGUAUAGCCUAUCCUGUAUACUACUGAUAUUUAUAAUAAUAAUAUAGCAUGCAAGCAGUGUGCAAUGAUUAAUAAUUGAAACUGUUAUGGUUUAUUGUUGUCAGGUGACAUAACUACAUUCCGUUUUAAUUGCAUCCAGUUAUUUUAGUUUAUUUGCAUCUGAGUUUAUGUAAAAAUGCCUUUCUUUACAGUCACAUCAAAUAAUGAGUCAUAAGAAAGAUGUUGAAAUCAUGUCUGACUUUUGUUUCUUAUCACACUGAAAAAUCAAGUAAAGUGCAAUGCAUUAUGGGAAACAGUAUCUAAUGCAUGUGCAAAUGGAUACCGUGCAUGCAUACAGAAAUUGUGCACAGAGACUCGCAGUACAAAUUUUACAUGCAGCUCAAUGCAAAUGGAAUAAGUACCUUCAGAAUAAUUUUAUAUCCAUGGUAUGCAUAUUGUGCAUGAUUUCAAUAUGCGCACAAUAAUAGAUGACCUUUCACAUUUCCUGAUAUCUGUUUUUAAAUAAAGUCAGUGUUAGUCUGGGGCUCUAUUUAGACGGGUUUAUCCCAAGAAACAGGAAAAGAUCUGCAAGAUAAGUACAAACAAACAGGAAAGAGAAAAGAAAUAUCCAAUUACCCAGGCACGCUUUAUAUCUAGUUACUACUAUGGUUUUGGAAAAAAAAUUACAUUCAGCCUUGAAAGUCUAAAUUAUUAAUGGCAUAUAUUCAACAUAAUGCUGGAAACAAUACCAAAGGCUUUGCUUUACAUGGACAUGAAAACAUUGAUAAGAGAGUGAGAGAGUGAAAAAAACACCAUUAUGGCGAUCAGUGUUUGCAUUUUAUCAGCUCAUUUGCAUUGAAAAAACACAACCAAAAUGGCACAUUUUUGCUCACACCUGCAAAGAGUCAAUUUCAUCAUGCUAUUAUAAUUUAUCUGUUGGGAAUUUUAGCUAAAACUUCACAUAUGCCCUUAUUUUACAUCUUACAAAAGUCUGUGACAUGUCCCCUUUAAUGCUAUAGAGAUCUGUUGUUAAACCACAUCAUCUACAGUAACUUCACAGCUCUUUCCCAUUUUGAUGUUUGGUACGAACAACAAAGCGAUUUUGCAGCCUUAUGUGUAGAGUUUCUGCCACCCGAUUGGCUGACAUUUGCAUUAACAAGCUGAUGUC